AUGUUUAGGGUCUAAAAUAUAAUCGGUUUUAGAUAUCUAGCUUUAAUAAUAACAUGCACAUCUGAUCUUAUAUUUCUAUUUAUUGUCACUUUUAAUUAUGAAUUCAUAACUUGGAAGACUUUAUGGUUUAACUUAAGCAUGCAUCUAAUACUUUUAGGUAAAAAUAUAGUGAAAUUACUAUAGCUCUGUUUAUUUUGAUAAUUUAUCACUUUGAAAAAAAACAAGAAUCUAAAAUGCUUAUUAUGGAUAUUGCUUUUAUAGCUUUCUUUAUUGCAAAGUGUUUCUAUGAAGCUUUUAAUAAUCAUGAAACAAAUAAUUAUUUUGGGUAUUUUUACAUAUCAAUCCUCUUUCACUUAUUUUAAGGAACCCUAAGAUGGUAUUUUUUAAAAAUUGUGCUGCCUUUUUUGUAUUGUGGAUUUUUGAUUCAAUAAUUAUUAACACCACAAAAACUUGAAAAGAACAAAGAUUCACUAUUAUUUUAAUUAUUUUUCUUGAUAAUAGCUUUGUUAAAUGAUUUUGCGAUUUAAAUUACAGAGCAUAAACUCAUUUAGAAUUAUAAAUGUCUUUAUGAGGAGAAAAAUUAACAAUUAGAACUUCUUAAUGAUAUUAUUUAUAAAUUAAAUUUAGGAAUUCUUGCGUAUGAUCAAAACUUAAAGCUAAUUUAUCGUAGCUAAUAUAUGGAUUUUAUAGAAGCAAUGAUUGAACCUUCAUAAGUGAUAGAAAAUGGAAUUUAUAGUGCACAUCGAUCUGAAUUUUAAAAUUCUUAGAGUAUGAGAUUGAUAUGUAACAACCACCAUUAAAAAUCAAAUAUUUAAUUUUUAGAUGAUGUUAAAGUAUCUGAAUAUACCAUAAAUGACACCAUUAAUAAACAAAGUGUAACAAUCAGAUAAAUAAUUUAAAACGGUGUUGAUCAACAAAAAGAUGAUGAAUCAAUUUAUUACAAAAUCAAACUACUUGGAUAAAAUUUAGAAAAGUUUAAGUAUCAUUUAAAGUUUACACAAAUAAUCCAUAAUAAAUAACCUUUAAAUUUGUUUACUUUUUAAGUAAUAUCUAUUUAUAUUUAGUUAAUUAAUGAUAUAUCAAUAUAUAGUGCUUUUAAAAAAGAUUAUAAGUUUAGAAAUAGUCUUAUAAGUUCAUUAAGUCAUAAAUUGAAAACACCUCUAAACUCUGUUAUUACUUAUUUAGAAACAUGCCUUAGUAAUUAAUGUAUUCCAAAAGAUUUGAUUGAAACUUUUAUAAAACCUUGUUAUUGGAACUCGAAAAUUUUAUUGUAUCUUAUUUAGGAUAUCCUUGACUAUGUGUCAAUAUACUCUUAAUAAAAACAAUUUUUGUCUAUUAAAAUCAUAGAUAUUCACAAAUUACUAUUUGAAAUAAAAGAUUUAAUUAUGACAUAAUGUAGUUUAAAAGGUAUUUUAUUUACAAUAAAAUAUAAUAAUGAAGAUAUCAGUUAGAUUCAGGCUGAGAAAAAAGAAAUGUAAACUUAUUGUUAAUUAUUUUUAGUAGUUGUUAUAUAUAAUCUGACUUGAACAAAUUAAUGAGAAUAUUAAUUAAUCUAUUGAAUAACGCUUAUCGAUUCACUCCUUAAGGUGGUCAAAUAGAAUUAAAUGUUAAAGAAAUUAAAACUGCGAGUUCUCGAAUGAUUAAAUUUAUUGUAUCUGAUAAUGGUGUUGGAUUGAGUAAACAGGCAUAAGAUGAAAUAAAUAAAUAAAUACAGAUUCAUCAAUAAUAAACAUUGAGUUCUAGAAAGGUAAUAAAUCUUAUUAUAUUGAAGUAAAGUAUGCUAUAAACUCAAUCUUUAGAAAGAGGAAGGAGCUAUUCUUAAAUGAAUCUUAAAAAUGAAGUUCUUGGUAUAAGUUUAAAAAUAACUACAAAACUAAUCAAUUUACUUAAUGGGGCUUGUCCUCUUAUCAUAGAAAGUAGUCCAGGAUAAGGAUGUAAAUUCGAAUUCUCAAUUUGUGAUUUAGAUUUGCCUAGUGCAUAUUAAUUGUAAUCUGCUUCAAGAUAAAGAAGGAAUGAAUCAGCUAGAUCAAAUAAUUAAAUCUAAGAAUUUUUUACAAUUUAAAAUGACCAAAUUAAUGAUGAAUUAGUAAUUGCUGCUAAGAUCAGAAAAAUUGAUAGAAUUAAACCUAGUAAAUUAAAAACUAAUAUUAAUCUUACUCGAUCAUUUUCCAGGUAACAAUCUAAAAGUCGCAAAUCUAUACCGUCAUUCUAAUUUAUCCAAAAAAGAAGCACUUAAAAUUUAGUGGCAGAAACUGGAAACAUUAUAAUUGUGGAUGAUGAACCAUUUAAUCAUAUAACAUUAGAAAUGAUUCUUAAGAAUCUCGGAUACGAUUAAAUUAUACAUUGUUAUAAUGGAUAAGAAGUAGUUAAUUUAGUAACACAAUAAAAAUGCAUUCGAACUAUAUUGAUGGAUAUAGAUAUGCCAAUCAUGAAUGGCAUAUAAGCAUCUUAAAUUAUAACUAAUUUAAUUGAUUAAGAAAAAAUUAUACCGUUUUAGAUUAUUGCCUGCACAGCACACGAAGAUGAAGAAACUAAAUAACUUUGUUAAGAAGCUGGAAUCGAUUAAGUUGUUUUCAAACCUAUUUUUCCUUAGGUUCUUAAAGAUGCUUUAUAAUUUAGAUAUUGA